AUGAAAACCCUUAUUUAUUUAUUCGUUUUCGUCUAUUUCACAAAAAACUCAAAUGCAAAGAAUAUUCUCAUUUUCGCUGGACAUGCGAGCAAAAGUCAUUGGGGAAGUAUGAAGAAUCUGAUUGUUAGCCUCUCAAACGACGGUCACAACAUCACCUUGCUGAGGACGAGUCCCGAUCAAUGGAAACCAUUAUGCGAAAAGUGCAAUCAUUACGACAUUCACUAUCCGCUAGAUGUCAUUGGGACAAGGGAUUUAUCCGUCUUUUUCACGAUAAAACUCCGCGGUUGGAUGACAACAUUUCCGACUGUUUUCAAUCGAAAAAUCACUCAUUGGAUUUGGGAAAAUGAGAGGGGAAAGUUAAAUCAUUUACUCCACGAAAUGAAAUGGGAUCUUUCCAUCGUUGAUCUCAUCUUUUGCGAUCUUGGCAAUGCGUUAGCUGAGUAUUUAUAUGAUGAGUACAAAGUGCCAUAUGCUUUCAUUUCCCCAUCGAUCAUUCUCUACUUUAAAUCCGUGGCAUUAGCGCUGGGAACAAAUGCUGGCUCAAAGAUGGCCGCUUUUGCCGAAGAGCCCAGUGAUCCAUAUGUGAAAUUUGAUGCCGGUAAAUUCAGUGAUCGUUUCUGGAAUGCAUUCAACAAUGGAGCCGAGGUGUUGGCUCACAAAAUUGAGAGUUUUUUAAGUGAAAGUGUUCACGAGAAAAUCACCGGUAAAUCGGUGAAUUGGAAUCGUUUUUUCCGAAAAGCUUCCGGCAUUUUCACAGAAGAUUUGCCAAAGCUCAACUAUCCGACACCAACACUUCAAACGAUCACAAACAUUGGUUAUUAUUGUGUGAAUGAAGAAAUUGUUGAUUUGGAUUUGAAAGAACCCUACAAAUCAUUUGUGAAUGAUUUCAAAUCAAAAGGAACAAUUUUGAUUGCAUUCGGCACUUUCGCGAAUCUCGAUAUGGCUCCAGAAAAGCUACGGAAAGCUUUUAUCAAUGCUCUCUCGUCUUUCAACGACUAUCAUGCUCUCUCGUCUUUCACCGACUAUCGUAUCAUUUUCCCAUCAAAUGGAAGCCUGGAAACUUCGCUGAGCCACGUGUUAACCACUUCAUUUGCCCCACAACGCGAGAUUUUGGCUCAUCCAAAAACGAAACUUUUUAUCUCACAUGGUGGAUUGAAAAGUUUAAAAGAAUCAAUUUGCUCAGAGAUUCCGUUAAUUGUUUUGCCGUUAAUGGCCGAGCAAAACUACAAUGCAAGAUGGGCAAAAGAAUGGGGAUUCGCUGAGACAUUGAACAAAUUCACAAUGACAAAAAAGGAAAUGGAAAUGAAAAUUGAAAAGGUUCUAACGGACAGCAGCUACCAAAAAAACGCUCAAAAAUUCAAGGAAAUGCUUCUCGAUAAUCAACUUUCAAUGGAUAAGUUGAUCACUCAACGAACGAAUCAAUUUUUCAAAGAAAAUCAACUAAAACGCGAUCAAAUUCGCAAGCAUCGCGGUCUUUUUCUUUCAUUUAUCGAAAUUUUCAAUAUCGAUUUGAUUUUUGUGCCAAUCAUACUCACUUUUGUGAUCUCUCAG